AUGGAAACGUCCGGCGCAACGCGUUUCGACAUGACGGCUCUCUUCCACGACCUGCCUACCUACCGGGAAGCUCCACCAGUACCCCGACACUCUGCCAUGUCCCGAGCGAGAAAACAAUACAAGAGGAAGAACGAUUUGAGAUAUAGAAUGAAGGGCCGGAAACGAAGAUUCGCCAUUUUCCGGGUAUUGCCCACCGAGAUCAUCGUGCUCGUGAUGUGUCAUACCAGGAGCGGCGACCUUGCGAAUCUGAUCCAGACCGACAAUUCCAUGAAUGAAAUAUUCCAAAAUCAUAAAAUGUGGCUUUUCAAGCGGAUGCAGAUUUGCCAAUUCUCAGAGUUCUCCGGAUGGUUUGGAGACAUGCCCGGAUUCGAUGGGCCAAUACUGGGUAACAAUCGGACCUCCGAGCAGAUCCAGUGUCUCAAAGAUGUCGUAUUCACUUUCGAUUGGCGAAUUACGGAGGUAGCGCCCAGUGAUGAUGAAGCUGCCAAGGUGUUUUUGCACCUACUGGAACGAUAUGGCGGAUGGCGAUAUCUCUACUUCUUGAAUGCCGUAAAGCGUCACAUGGAACAAGAAGCGCAGAGUCUAUACAAAUUUUCGCAUAUGGCAAUACCUUCUAUGAACGAAGAGUCGGCCAAGGCAAUGGUGUUGUGCUUUGCCAGAAUGUCAUGGAGGGCAGCAACAGUUCUAGGUGGCAAGAUGAAGGAGCCGGCAGAUAUGUCCGCAAGAGUGGAGUACCGACUCAAAUUCUUCCAACGGGAGCCGCGAACCCUUCAAAAGCUGAUGACAAAAAUCCUGCGACUCCUGAUAUAUCGCAUAGGAAAACGGCUGCAAGUGACAGACACUGUAACAUUGUAUCAGUAUAUAAAUCAAUCAGCAGGGUUUGGAAUUCUGAUACCAGUGCCGUCAGAGGAAGAACUUUAUGAUUCGGCAUCAGCAAUAAUGACUCGAUUGCUUUUAGAGUGCUGCUUCUUUUAUGGGAUCACAUUUGCAAUGCAGCUGUGUGAGGAGCCAGUAAAUGAGGAAGUCAAGGCAGCCCAGUCAUGGAUCAUACGACGCUUUGAGCAUGCUUUGAUGUACGCUACCAGAUUCAGUAAUGUUGAUACUGUUCUGAUCGCGGACUCAUCUAUCCGAGAGGGAUCGUUAUGGGCUGCCGGAAUCGGGUUUCCAACACUUGGUUGGUUCAGAAGCAACAAAGCAUCGGCCGGCGGAGUCAUGUUGGCAUUCGAGCACGAUGGAAUGAGAUCAGGCUGA